CGCUCGACCACCGAGGUCGUUCACACACAUGAUGUUUACGGUUCUUGUGGUUGUGGAAAUGGUUGAAGCGUCGUGUGUUCAAUUUCAGCCAAAACCCUGAACCCUAAAUCAUAGAGUGACGGACAGACCCAAAUUAGUUUUGACUUCGCUGGUGGUGAUGAUGAGAAGGGUUAAUGUCAACGAGCUCGUCAUUCUCAGUCGAUCCAUCGGAGGAGGCGCUGCCGUCGCCACCGCUGCUGACCAGCGACUGCUUCGAUUGGCGCUCUACGGCACUUCGGAUUUAAAGGCCAAUUCCAAUCCACAGUGGCUCAUGUCGCGAGGACUCGUCGAUCGCUUUGGCUCAUCGGGUCCAUUUGUCGCAAACGGCGUCGCGGGGACCAGGUUCUUCUCUGCCUCGGCGACAUCUCUAGCGAAGGAGUCACUUCGUCCCAAAAAAUUCUCCCCCCAAGACGUGGUUCUUUACCAGUACGAAGCUUGCCCUUUCUGCAAUAAAAUCAAAGCUUUCUUGGAUUAUUACAAAAUUCCUUACGAAGUGGUGGAGGUUAACCCCAUCAACAAAAAGGAGAUCAAGUGGUCUGAUUACAAGAAGGUGCCUAUACUGAAGGUUGAUGGUGAACAGAUGGUCGAUUCUUCAGACAUAAUUGAUAAGUUGUUCCAAAAGAUUCAUCUUGACAACCCUGUCAUGGAUGGUGAUGAAGAACGGAAAUGGCGUGGGUGGGUGGAUAAUCACUUGGUGCAUGUCUUAUCUCCAAAUAUUUAUCGAACUACUUCUGAAUCUCUCGAGUCAUUUGACUAUAUCACCACUCACGGCAAUUUCAGUUUCACUGAGAGGAUAAUUGCGAAGUAUGCUGGAGCUGCAGCUAUGUAUUUUGUGUCAAAGAAAUUGAAGAAGAAACACAACAUCACAAAUGAACGUGCAGCCCUGUAUGAAGCUGCAGAAACAUGGGUGGAUGGUCUGAAGGGCCGGCAGUUUCUUGGUGGGUUAAAUCCUAAUCUGGCCGAUCUCGCUGUCUUUGGCGUCCUGAGGCCCAUCCGACACCUCAGGUCAGGCAGAGACAUGGUUGAGCAUACGAGGAUUGGUGAUUGGUAUGCUAGAAUGGAAAGUGCAGUAGGAGAAUCUGCUAGAAUCAAGACAGACAAGUAGAAAAGAUUUGUUAUUUGGUUUGGGGUUUGCUAUCAGCUUAAGCCGCUGGGUUUGGUGAGUCUUAAAUCUUGGUAUGCGACAUUACGAAUAAAUCAUUAUACGAAACACUGAAACAAAAUGCAAACUCUUUACGUUGGCGGGAAGGUGUAACCUUUGAAUCUUGAUGUUAAGUUGUCGCCGCAUGGAUACUUGUUUUUGCUGAUUAGCGACCAUCUUUUCUCUGUUGUUUCU